AGCAAGGCUAGCAGACUUAGUAAACUAGGACCUAGAAUCCAGAUGUAGAAAUCUAGAUCUAGUCUAGAUCUAAAACUAAAUUUAGAGCUGCGAUCUAUUAUUUUGGCAAUGUCUGCUUCUAGACUCCAACUUCUACACUGUAAUUUAAAAUUUAAUUAAAAGUGUAUCAGAAGAUGGUGUUGAGGAUGUACCAUCGCGACCAUGGUGAUAUGGGCAGUGAGUUUACAGUUGUUCACCCUCCACUGAAGAGCAGAAUUCUCUUUACCAUUCUCUUGGUCAUCACUCUCAUCCUAGCCUUCUCAUUUAGAUUACACAUGCUUGAUAGAAAUAUUUUAGCCUCUCUGUGUUUGGCUCUGGCAACAACACUGGUUCUCAAAUUGUAUUCAAAAAUACAUUCUGAAAAUGUUGUGAUCCUCCCAUCACUAGGCCUGCAGGUAGAGACCCUGUAUUAUCUGGGUCACAGGGAAACCAACUUUUUUCAUGUUUCUCAUAUCAAGGAUGUUGUCAUCAAUGAAGCUAUAUCAAUGCACUCCAUCCUACACUACCUCCUGGUGUUAUUAAAACAAGAUCAAGGCCAAGCACUCCAUCCAUUGUUUUCUAGAUCCUGGCCACCACUUGGUGACUUAAAACCAGUUUAUAAAGCUGCUCAAGAGAAACUUAUCAGGCCACAGGGGAGACAAUUUUAAGGGAGAUAAACAUUAAUUAAAUUAUUUGUAUUUAUGGAACUUGUGAUAUAUUUUAUAGGGGCCCAAUCAUCCUAAUUAUUAUGUCUGUAAAGAAGCAAUUGUAAAAUGUAUUCAUUCAUCCAUUCAUUUAAUAUAUCAUCACACAAACUCAGUUUUAUAAAAAUGUGGCUAAGAAUUUUCAAAAUUGUGCGUAUUCAGCAUUUGACUGUUAAAAAAGGACCCCAACCAAUUAUAUUUUUUAGCAGUAAGUCAGAGUUAAGUGAUGAUGUUAUUUGAGUAGAGGAAGUUUGUGUCAAGUAUACAAACGUACCUUGUGUUACCAACUGGCCAGAAUUAUUUAAUGAGAUCUGCAGGUGUCUCCAAAUGUGUCACUAUCAACCCUAAUCUGUUAUUGUACCUAAGAUGGUAGAACACAUGCUGUCCUUAUUUGACUGCUUUGACCUUUGCCAGUAGGGAGGGGGAUGAGAGGAGCCAUGUAGUUUGCACUUUUUAUUUCUCAGAAAAAAAUGAAGAGCUAGUUGAUUUUUGUUUAGACAUUGUGCUUUUAGGAGUGGGACCUUUGUUGUGGCACAUUUUGCUCAGCUACUGGUUCAAAAUUCUGUGCAAGGUAUGGUGUCCGUAAAAGGGUUAAAAAGAGCUUCCUUUAGAAUUUUUAAAAUUUAUUUGCCAUGUUUUAACUUGAGCAUUUUAUUUGAAUGUUCAGCAUCGAAUCAAAAACAAAAUGAGCACAUGAUCAAACAUAUACAUGACUAUACUAACCACAUUUUGUUUUUCAAGAAUUGUUUUCUAUUUGUACUUGUUCUGCUCUUGACUAAAGAAAACAGCACCAUAGUGCUGUAGCAAGCAGUAAAUCAAAACUAGGUGGUCAAAUGUGGGAGAUGUAGGCGUGUCAAUGAACCAAAUGUGCCUUGUGUUAUUUUAUGGUCAGCCUUCUUUAAUUGAUUGCGGUGAUGCUUUAGGUGUGGGUUGUAGGUGUGAGAUGUAGUGGGGGCUCUAACAUGUCAAUGGGCUUGGGUGUGUGGUGUCAGGUGGGCUUGGUUGUGUGGUGUUAGUGGGGCUUGGGUGUGUGGUGUCAGUGGGGUUUGGGUGUGUG